UACCGUUUGGACAAGUCAAGCCGGGACAUGGUCAAAUACCUCACCAAUUUAACUGCAGAUUUAAGUCAAAGUUACCAUCUUCAGACCUCUAGGGAAAUCCAUCCCGGCAUCACACUGGAACCGUCUCCCAACUACAGCUCGCCUAAGUUCCGAUCCAGGAACCAGAGCUACAUGAGAGCGGUCAGCACCCUGAGUCAGGCCAGCUGCGUCAGCCAGGUCAGCCAGGUGAGUGAGACAGAGGUGAACGGGCAGUUUGAAUCAGUGUGUGAAUCUGUAUUCAGCGAGGUGGAGUCUCAGGCCAUGGAUGCUUUGGACUUGCCGGGCUGCUUCAGGACACGCAGCCACAGUUAUCUGAGAGCCAUCCAAGCGGGAUUCUCGCAGGACGACGAGUGUGUUCCCUCCAUGACAUCAUCCACAGUUACCUCCACCAUCAGGUCCACCACAGAGGGAAAUGAUUUGCUGGAGGGCACUGGUUUGCUUAAUGAGGACAAUUUACCCAGCGAGAGGCCAGAUUUAACCUCCAUGGCCCAUGGGGAUACGGGCCUCUGUGAGAGACAAGAUGAAUCCAGCACCCUUUAUGGCAAUAUCUCCCCUGCCACGACGCCUUCAUUACCCCCGCUGAAAACAAGUGCGCCCAUCAGGCCACGGCCUGUUCAGUCAAGUGUCCAAGAGACAGCGGAUCUGGCACUGGCAAUCAGCCUGCAGUGGAGGGAAGAUGUGUCAGCCAUGCGGAAGGAGUUAGCCGAGCUCAGGAAGGAUCUGUGUACAGAGCUCAGAGCCUUCAACAGGAACUUUUCCACCUUUACACAACAUUACAGCACCUGGUCACCUAGCUGUGUGAGGGAAACCCAGACAGCUGCUCCUCAAGUGUCCGUUAGCACCCAAGCAGGAAGCAAAACCCUGGUGAGACAGAAUACAGCGGAUGCAGCCGUGAACUGCCCCUCCCCGGUAGACACUAAUGUUUUGUCCAUGACUCCCUCAGAACCCUCAGAUAAAAAUGUCCUGCAGGUCUCAACCUCUGCACCAUUUUUCCAGACUGACCCAAACUUUAAUUUAGCAGAAAUGGAUGAUCCUACUUUUGCUAACCUUACACCUCCAGAUCCUAUUGAUGUGGCUUUGCUAUGUUGGCCUGAAAUAGAUUCAGAUUCUUUGACUCCCCCAGAUCCCCCAGAACCAGUGCCAGAGGUAGAACCAUAUUGCUUUACAAAGUCAUCCACUCAUAAGGCUGUGGAGUCAAUUGUGUUAGAUUUUACAAAUGUGGAACUGGUGAACCUGGCCAGUUUGCAAUGGCCUAAACUGGAUCCAGAAAAUGUAAGCCCUCCACCUCAAGAAUAUCUUGAUAAGACCACCCUGCAUCAGCUUUCGCAAGAUUCUCCUGUUGAAGGUCGACAAGGGCCAUCACCUUUGGAGCUUGGCAGCACAACGUCCCAGGAAGUUCAAGAAUCAAUCCAGCCAUUGGUUCAAAGUACAGAUGAAGAACCCAUUGACUUAAACAUACAAGACUUUACAGCACUGGAAUUGGAAUCAGUUAUCCUGAGUCCAUUGACCCCAGAUUCAAUGAAUGUUAGUGAAUUGAAAUGGCCAAGUUUAGAAUCUCUAGACCUCAAUGUUUCUGGCUCUCAAAGCCCAAGUAGAUCAAUAGAUCUAGCUCUGCCAAACCCGCCAACCCCAGAAACGGUCUAUGAAUAUUCCUGUGAGUAUAUAUUUCAAGAACCACCCCUUCCGGAAUUACUGGACACCAUUUAUCUGCAGCCAGCUACUCCAGAACCGGAGUCCAGAAGUGAGUCUGACAUAUCAAAUCCAACAAGCCCUGAACCUUAUGCACAUGAACUAGAUACUCAAGCUCUUGUUUUGUGGUCCAAAAAAGAAACAUUCAUGAUCUGUGCUGAAGAAUCUGAACCUACUGAAGGUGGUGCCACAAGCUUCCCAGAAUCCCUCUCUGAAGAGCAAGAUACCCAAUAUUCAGAUUCUCCUGACCCAAUGAUAAAUUUCCCCCUCCAAUCAGACACUGUGGACUCAGCUCCCCUGGAGUCUGAAUCUCUCUUCUGUGCAAUUCUCUGCUCAGUUGAGUCAGAUACUUUCGAUCCAGAAGCCACUAACCUUGGUGUGCCGACGUCACAGGAAACAGAGCUAAGUCCGCCGGGACUUGCUACCAUUGACCCAGCAACUGUGCACCCAUUUAAUUUAUCCCUGUUGGAGCUCCAGGCAGCUUUAGACGUAUCUAAAAGUGAAACAAGCGAUAAUGGGUCACCGAAGGGAACAGCGGCCAUAAGAAGCCCCUCUCGUUCGCCAUCAUGUAGGGAUUUCCUAUGGAUUCGGUGGCAGCGAAGAGCACGCGGGAGGCAACCCAUGUCGCGGAGUGCCAGUAUGGAAAUUUACCACAAGAAGUUCUCAAAUAACUCAGAGAUGUCUUACAUGUCACUGUCACUCUGAGCUCUUAAAAAAGUAUGUGAAGCUACAGUAGACGGGGUGUGCAAUAGAAAAUCAUAGAGAAUAGAACACAAGACUGUUAUGGUUAUGUAGCAAGAUGUUUACAGGUGAGUGUGUAAGAGAGAGAAAGUAGCAGCAAGUGUGGAAAGGAUAGAUAAGUGGGGGCUAUGGCCCCACAUUAGUAUACUUCAGACAUUCAGCACCUUUUUACACUGCACAAUUGUGAGUGACCUUGAACUUAAACGCCUUCACCAGGGACACUCUCUCUGACACUCCGGCAUUACAAAGACUAAAUUUUAGUAAAUACUGUGAUUGUUUACUGGCAGAGAACUAAGACUUCCAGGAAAGAUACUCUCUCCACUAAACUUUAAACUCUACCGAGAUAACUGUAAAAAUUGUCUAUAUGAGUUGGUCGUGGAUCAACCAGAAAUUUUAUGGUUUUGGAGUACCUGGGUCAUGCUCUGUGAGGUGAGCAAGAUGGAGUUUGAAUUGAAUGUUGGCCAAAGACUACCUUAUAUCACUGCAUAUUGCUUGGAUCAAUUUUAUGGGUUUUGAUCAUCUUUUUCUCUGAAUGUAAUGUAAUGGUUGUUUCUCUGGUGUGUGUGAAUAAUGGAAUCCUUUAUUCUAGUUUACUCAGUGUCUUCAGAGCCAAAGUGGUACACUGUACAUGUAAAUGUGAAGGAAGAUUUAGUGCUGUGCAGUUUACACAUGAAGCGACUGCUGUGUUUACCCCUUUUUUGUUUAGAUCUGGUGAGAACUGAGAGUCUUGAAAAGUUUUCAAGUUUUUUAGGGGGGGAGCAUUUUAAUAUGUGGAGAUACACUAAGUAUUAAAAUUGAAAAAUUACUUAAGAUUACCUACAGGUUUGAUUCACAGUUAGUCUGAAUUAGAUUGAAUUAGGGAUGUGGCAGUAUACUAGUAUUGACCAUAAACGUGAUUAAUGAUAUUGUGUUAAUCCAGCACAUAGGAUAAUAUUGCAAUCUAUCGCCAGUAUCUGGUUGACACUCCAACAAAGUAGGUUGUAGUAAUCCACCCAUUUUGCCUCAAUUCAAAUAUUGAGCGUGAUUUAUAGCCAAAAAGAGACCCUAAAUAAAUGCAUUUGCCUAAAAGUAUUAUUUUUUAAUGUCAUAGAUAUCGCGAUAAUACAAUAUCGCUAUUGUGAAUUCUUCCUGCUACAAUGAUCAUGUUGUGAAAAUCUGAUAGUGUGACAUCCCUAGUUUGAAUGAUAAUUGUAUUAUUGCUGGGGUUUAAUUAACAUAAUAUUUAUAAAUUUUAUUUGAAUAUGGGAAUGGAAUGUUAGCUUUAAACAGGCCCACAAAAAUGGAUAUGAGUAAGAAAUGUAAGACCUGUGGUGAAAAAGAUGCCCAUUGAGGUGACUGGCCGGCUGGUUUGUACAGUAAGGGGUUACCUUUUAAAUGCAAAAUUUACAUAUCAUACUAAUCCACACCUUAAUAUAAAUUAGAUAGACAAUACAAUGUAUUCUUAAUACCCACGUACAAUAUAAUCCCCAUUGAGUCACUGUAUUACUGUAAAUGUACAACCUAUUGUAUCCUGUGAUUUCUCCUGCAAAUAAUAUUAUAAACAAACGUAACUCUCAUCUGGAGACAUACAUUAUAGCACACAUACAUCUGGCAUUUGAUGUCAGCAUUUACAUCUGCAAGACAUUUUUUUAUUGUUUGCUCAUCUACAAUACAUCUCUGAGACGUCUGCUGUCAGAUGUCAUAUAGACAUCUAGAAGAUCUCUGUAAGAUGUUUAUGUAUGUAAAACUGCUAUUUCUGAGAUGUUUAUCAGAUGUUUUUACACAGCAGAUGUUUUCCAGAUCUUUAGCAGACAUCAUUACAGAUGUACCUGUGCUGUCUGGUACUACAAAGGAUAAAAGUUUUUUGGCAUGGUAACUGACGCUAUUUAUGUCAAAUUAGCAGUUUGUAUUAUUAUCAGUCAUUAUGUGUGAUCAUACAUCUGAGGGACUAUCAGGGUGCUAACGUAAACAAGUUGACUAUUUCUAACAGUAAAGAUUUGGUUUGUAUAGACAAAUGCAACAGAAUUCCUUGAAUCUGACAAUCAGAGGAAUUGCUGGAAAGAGUUUGUUUAAUCUAUAUGGUCGAGUCAUAACGGGCUAAACUGAGGGGUUCUUGAAGUAGCUGAUGUAGUUGAGGACAUUUGAGGGGUUUAUUGUAUUGUUAGUGGGGAAUGUAUUAUUUUAUUAAACAAUUGUAGCUUAUGUACAGUAUCUGGUUCUAGUUGAAUUGGAUUGGGCAUAUUUAACAUUGUGGACUUUUUGGUUAGCCAGCAAGCCAACUGACAAACAAUUAGCCUACAGUGAGUUUUGAGAAUGGCUCUGCAAACAUUAGAUAUAUUUAAGCCUUUAAAAACUUUAAUCACAAAUGUGUGUGUUGCCCUGCUCAAACCUGAAUUAAACAUAAUAUCAUGUCUCAAACUGUAAAUAAUGUAUCCAGUGUUACAAAUGGAAACCUUGGCCAAUUCUCAUUUUGCAUACUACUAACAUGUAUGUAAAGUAUGUACAUUAAGUAUAAAGAAAGCAUUAAUAUUAAGACACAGCAUAUGUCUUUCUUUAGACAUCAUAGAAUCAUAGCAAAUGACGAUCACAAUCUUUCUGUGUGUAGCGCAAGGGGUUGUGGCAUAUAUUACCCCAAAAUGCACGAAUACUUCAGAAAUCCACUGUUCAAAGUAUGCCAUUUAGACACCAUUGACAUGCUACUUUCCAGGAUAAAUUCCAAAUGAAUCAUCCGCUCAAAUGCUAUAGAUGAAUAGUUUGUGAAUUGGGAUUCAGUCGUACGCUGCGUCCGAAAUCGCAUAAUGUGACAGUACGUACUGAAUUUAAAUAAGUACCUACCUAUCGGCCGUUAAAACAGUACGUUCUAUAUAGUAUGAGUGGGUGAAGUAUGAAUACAUUUCGGACAUAGUGCGUCCCCAAUGUUUUAUGGUCAUGUGACCCGUGUGCUCUUUGACCUAUGACGUUUUAACAACAACCUAUACGUGAGCGUUUAUAAAAACAUAAUUUAGUCACGAGAAAUGAAUUUAUUACAUUAAAAACGGACAUCCGCCUUAAAGUUUUCAGCUAUAUUUAUUUGAUUUACUUUUGAAAUUUGACUGUUGCUCAGCUCCCGUGGCAUCAUGGGAUAGAAAAGUGUCCAUCCGAUCCACACUCACGAAUCUCGGCGGAAGUAGUAGACUAUCCGGGUAUUUCUCGCCUACUGUUUUUUGUAUACAGAGGUUUCGGGCGUACUAUUUAUGACUCAUACUCAUUUUCGCUUACUAUGUAGUAUGGAAGUAGGCGAUUUCGGACGCAACAAUUGUUUAGACUGAGGUCUUCCUUCUUCAUCCAUAAUGGAGAUCUCAGGCCUUAUUUUACAGCAUUCUCCACACGUUGCCCUCUGCUGGGCUGGGGAGCUAUUUUUUGAGUAAUAAAAGUGGGUUUUACUUACAGUAAGUGUCUAGAAUGGACCCACAGGUGCUUAAAGUGCAGGACAAAGACUGUAGCAAACAGAAAACAACAAACACACACACACACACCUUAAGAUGCUCAUCGGUCAGUUAUUGUCAAUCAUUUCAGUGGGCAGGAAAUAUCUGACAGAGCCUUAUGAGUAAUUUCAGUAUAGUGAAUGUAGUGUUCCUUUGGGGGGGCGGGGUUUCCUGGUACUGCACAUUUCAUUGGCUGCUUGUUCGUCGUGUGCCUUGUCGGGCUCAUAAAAGUGGGCAUUUUAUUUAACCACCCAGCCUCUAUAUUGUUGUGCCACUGUGACUCCUGAUAAUGUUUUUUUGUUUUUUUUUCGCAAAAUUUUGGAAUGAAAGCACUUUGACUGUAAAAAUAUUUCAGAUAUCCACAGAAAUCUGAAGCCUGAAAAACUAUGUGAAAUUGAGCCUCUUUAUCGCUGUGUAUCUUCACUUUUGUCAGCUGAGAUCAUCUAAUACGUUGGUAGUCAUGAUGAUCUGUAACUAAGUGAAUGUUAAAUAAUUUCUUGAACUAAUAAAACAAGAACUUUUACAUCAGAACGUUAACUGUUUUUUAGACCGUAACAUGGUGUUCACUAUACGGCUGUAGGUGUGAACAUUUUAAAUCUAUUUGAUAAUGAAUCUGUACAGUGUGGCGUCUAUUUUUUCUCCUUUUUUUCUUCUUUUUUUCUUCUUUUUUUGUCUUUGUCUCACAUACUCUACACACAUAAACCCUUUUUCUGAACAAGUAUUCUGUAAUACAGACCUUUACAGGUCUAUAGCUAUUCUAUAGCUGAGGAAAUUUCCACGUUGUGCAAAAUUAGAUACAGUAGACAGUAGGGUUAUUGCAAAUAAUCCAGUGUGACAUUGAACAAGAACACGAACAGAAGUCACACUAAACUGGGUGCAGUUUGGCCAUUAUAAUUGUAUUUCUAAAAUUGUUACCCCUCUCAUUUUCAGGGCUCCUGGCGUGAGAGGUUUAGUUAAGGUUGUAAUGAUGAAGAAUCUGUCUGAUUCAGUGUUCUAAGUAAAUAUUAUAAGUAUGUACAGGUUCUGUGCUAUUGUACAUGGUCUUCAUACACAGUGGAAUAAUUAUUUCUAGAUUCAUUUAAAAGGAUGAUCACUUUUCAUCAGGUAUUUCUAUAUUACUUGCUCAUUUAUUACAUUUUUUACUGUAAAAAAGCUUUUUUGGAGUAAAACCCAAAGUUACAGAUUAAAUACUUAGCUUUGACUCAGAAUGAUGUGCAUGUGCGGUCGGGCUUCA